UAUAAUUUGAUGCUUCUUCAUGUUUGUUCGUCAGUCAUAAACUUGGCUUAAUAAGUCAUAUAUGUGCAUUAUGCUGUGGAAUCAGCCUCAAUGCACGACGAGAGAAACUUGCUUUGAUCCAACUAUACCGUGAGAUAUUUAUACUUUAAUAUAAGCAAUUAUUAUUUUUCUAAAAAGGAAGAAAAAAUGGAUUUCUAUAAACAGAACACAGAAUGAGAAGAGCGCCAUGAAAAGGAUGUCUCAGACAAAAAGAUAUUUUCGUCAAAGGCCAUGGGUGUCACGCUGAUAAUAUCACAGAGUACCGCCAGAAUCGUUUUGGUUACCAUACAUGUCCAAAAUGGUUGCCGCUAAUCGGUUGUUUUCUCACGUUUCGACGAUUGAAACUGAAACACAAAUACGCUUACUUGGCUUUUCAAGAACUGUCGAAGACUUAUGGGCCGAUUUUGGGUUUGAAAUUAGGAAGUCAGAAAGUCGUUGUAAUUUCGACGCACGAUCUAGUAAAGAAAGUUCUUCUUCAAGACGAAUUCAACGGCAGACCGGAUGGAUUCUUUUUCAGAGUCCGUGCUUUUGGAAAGAGAAAAGGUAUUUUAUUUACGGAAGGAUCAACGUGGUCUCAGUGUCGUCGUUUUACGAUGCGGCAUCUCAGAUCUUUUGGCCUAGAUUGAUGGAUACAAUGGGCGGCAUUAUCUCACAAAUGCCAUUUCUACGUUUCAUAAUACCAGAAUUAUCCGGUUACAACAAUUUAAUGAAAAUACUUCGAAAACUUUGGAAUUUCUUAGAUGAAGAAAUCAAUAACCACGAAAAACAUUUAUCUGGAAAUCAGCCGCAAGACUUGAUUGAAGCUUUUCUUCUAGAAAUUUCAUCAAAAAAUGGCAUACAAAAUGAUUCUAUUUUUGAUAGAGAAAAUUUAUUGAUUCUGUGCCUGGACCUCUUCUUAGCCGGUUCAAAAACUACAACAGAUACUUUAUCGACUACUUUGCUCUUUUUAUCUUUACAUUCUGAAUGGAUUAAAAUACUCCAGGAAGAACUAGAUAACGUAGUAGGCAGAUCACGAUCUCCUACAUUGGAAGAUUACUCAUCGUUACCAAUUAUGGAAUCAUUUCUUGCGGAGAUACAAAGAUUUUUGAUUUUGGCACCACUUGGAGUACCUCAUAAGACUACAAAAGACGUAAUUUUGAACGGAUAUAGUAUACCCAAGGACACCAUAGUUCUUUUGGAUUUCCAUAGUGCGCAUAACGAUCAAGCUUAUUGGGAUCAUCCAGAAGAAUUUCGGCCACAGCGAUUUCUCGAUACAAAUGGUCGAUUUUGUCAAAAUAAUGCCAAUAUACCAUUUGGUUUAGGUAAAAGACGUUGUCCGGGUGAAAUGCUGGCUCGGACAUCCUUAUUUUUAUAUUUUGCCUAUGUGAUACAUUACUUCGAUAUCGAAAUUUCACCAGAACAUGGCAAACCAGAUCCAAAUGGAUACGAUGGUUUUACUAUAUCACCGAAAUCUUAUUACUUGAAAAUCACGGCAAGAUCCGAUGUAACAAAUUGCUCCACUAUAUAAAUAUUAUAAAUAAUGAGAAUAAAAUUUUAAACAUAAUACAUUAAAAAAGAAAAUUACAUAUGUGAAUAAACUUCCUUAUCUAUCAGAGUGAAUCAUUUAUAAUGCGUCACGUUU